UUUGACAGAUGGCCACUUGCUGCUUACGAAUGUAGUUGAUAAACUAAAUACGUGUGCCGCGAUAAAAAUAAAUAACGCGAUAAAAAUUGAUUUGCACGUUCAGUAACAAAAAUUUAUUUAAAUCGAGUUAGUGAAUUGAUUUAACUCGUCAAGAUGAAGUGCAAAUAUAUGAUUUUUGUUGCAGCUAUUGUUUAUCUUACGUUCUUGCAAUGUGUAAUUUCAUAUACAAUCCAAAGAUAUUCCAUGCUAAUGCCCGAUGUGAAGCCAAACAGGCCAGAAUUAUAUUUAUGUACACCAGUAAAAGUUGAUUAUACAAAACCCUACUAUAUUGUCGGCUUUGAACCGAAAGCAACAAUGAACACAGCCCAUCAUAUGUUGCUUUAUGGUUGCGAGAAACCAGGCUCUGAUAGACCAGUCUGGAAUUGCGGCGAAAUGGCGCAAAACGAAAAUUCUGUUGAAGAAACUGCAAGUCCUUGUAGUGAAGGCUCUCAAAUAAUUUAUGCUUGGGCAAUGGAUGCUCCAAAAUUAGAGUUACCGCAGGAUGUUGGAUUUAAAGUAGAUAAAUUUAAAGACGGCAGCACUGAUGAUUCAGGAAUUUUCUUACAUUACACAUCUAAGCCUAUGACUAAAUUAGCCGGAGUUUUAUUGCUGGGAACAGGGGGUGCCAUAGGCCCCAUGACCACUGAACAUUUUGAGACGAUAUGUACUAUUAAUGAAGAUAAAAUCAUUCAUCCAUUUGCUUAUAGAACACACACACAUAGCUUGGGCAAAGUAGUAUCUGGUUACAAAGUUAGAACAAAUGAAAGCGGUUUGGAUGAGUGGACAGAGCUAGGUAAAAGAAAUCCAUUGACUCCACAGAUGUUUUAUCCAGUUUUUAACAAUGAAACAAUUAAUCGAGGCGAUAAGUUAGCUGCAAGGUGCACUAUGACGAGUCUCCGGACUACGUGGACUCAUGUCGGAAGUACAAAUGCAGAUGAAAUGUGCAAUUUUUACUUAAUGUACUGGUCAGAGAAUGAUGAACCUUUGGAUAUGAAAUAUUGUUUUACUGCAGGGCCACCGUACUUUUAUUGGUCCCGAUCUCAAUCAGGUUUGAAUAACAUUCCUGAUGUUAAAGCUAGUUUACUUUCAUAAAUGUGAGUUUUUACUUUUAUAUUUUUAACCAGUUAACUGAACACCAGUUUAUGCAAAAAGUAACAUGAAUCCAGAAUUAUGUUUCACUUAAUAAAGAUGUACUAUAAUGUGAUGAGUAUAAUUAAAAUUUAAAACAUUUCCAAAA